CUUCUUCUCGGCAGACUGCAGCAGGCCUUCUCUCUUCUUCAGUGCGUGGGGAACGAUCCGAUCCGUAACCUAGUCCACACCAUGGCUCCCAAGUCCCUCUUUUAUUCCCUCUUCUCCACCAUCAGCGUCGCUCUGGCGUCGUCCAUCCCCCAGACCGAUUACGAUGUGAUUGUCGUGGGAGGAGGUCCCGCGGGCCUCAGUGUCCUGAGCAGUCUCGGGCGCAUGAGACGGAAGACCGUGAUGUUCGACUCGGGAGAAUACCGUAAUGGUGUUACGCGCGAGAUGCACGAUGUCCUUGGCUUUGAUGGCACCCCACCUGCCCAAUUCCGUGGCCUCGCCCGCCAGCAGAUCUCUAAAUACAACUCGACCAGCGUCAUCGACAUCAAGAUCGACUCCAUCACCCCGGUCGAGGAUGCCGCAGCCAACAGCUCAUACUUCCGUGCCGUCGACGCCAACGGCACCCAAUACACCUCCCGCAAGGUAGUCCUGGGUACCGGGCUGGUUGACGUGAUCCCUGAUGUGCCCGGUCUCCGCGAAGCCUGGGGCAAGGGCAUCUGGUGGUGUCCCUGGUGUGACGGCUACGAGCACCGCGACGAGCCCCUCGGUAUCCUAGGCGGUUUGCCGGACGUGGUCGGCAGCGUCAUGGAAACCCACACCUUGUACUCGGACAUCAUCGCUUUCACUAACGGCACCUACACGCCCGCCAACGAAGUCGCCCUGGCAGCCAAGUACCCGAACUGGAAGCAGCAGCUCGAAGCGUGGAAUGUCGGUAUUGACAACCGCUCCAUUGCAUCCAUUGAGCGUCUCCAAGAUGGAGAUGACCACCGCGACGACACGGGUAGACAGUACGACAUCUUCCGGGUCCAUUUCACCGAUGGCUCCAGCGUUGUACGCAACACCUUCAUCACAAACUACCCGACCGCUCAGCGUUCCACUCUGCCCGAGGAGCUGAGCCUGGUCAUGGUGGAUAACAAGAUCGAUACGACAGACUACACGGGCAUGCGCACCAGUCUGUCGGGCGUCUACGCUGUCGGUGACUGCAACAGUGAUGGAUCCACGAACGUGCCGCAUGCCAUGUUCAGCGGAAAGAGAGCGGGUGUCUAUGUGCAUGUGGAAAUGUCCCGCGAAGAGUCCAACGCCGCCAUCUCCAAGCGCGACUUCGACAGACGCGCCCUGGAGAAGCAAACCGAGCGCAUGGUCGGCAAUGAGAUGGAGGAUCUGUGGAAGCGCGUGCUGGAGAACCACCACCGCCGGUCGUGAAUCCUCCAUACUAUAUCCUAACGUCCUGUCCAUGAAAUGAACGACACGACUAGCCACUAUGAUAUAUAUAUUUAUAUGUAACUAACUUUUAACGUCCUCCAUGAUCAUAUGGAGUGACACACAUAUUAAUACUUUCAACCAAGAAAAAUACAUACAUACACACACAUUCGGUAACAAA